CAUGUGAUCAGGCGUGCUGCUGAAGACGAUGGCGUGCUGUGGAGGCUGUUUGUGUUGUCAGUGCUGCUGCAAUGAAGGCGAAACCAGAACACCAGAGGAGCUGACAAUACUGGGUGAAACCAGAGAAGAUGAGGAUGAAAUAUUGCCGAGAAAAGACUAUGAGAGUUUGGAUUAUGACCGGUGCAUUAAUGAGCCAUUCCUGGAGGUUUUGGAGGGGUUGGAUAAUAAGAAAGCUAGAAGGUAUGAAGCGAUAAAGUGGAUUUUGGUUUUUGCGAUUGGAGUGUCAACAGGACUGACUGGCCUGUUUGUUGAUUUCUUCGUGCGGCUCUUCACUCAGCUGAAGUUCAGCUUGGUUGGACAAUCUGUGGAGGAAUGCAGUGAGAAUGGCUGUCUAGCUCUCUCCUUACUGGAGCUGCUGGCUCUCAAUAUGGUGUUCGUAUUCAUCUCCAGCGUUCUGGUGCUCAUUGAGCCUGUUGCAGCUGGGUCUGGUAUCCCAGAAAUUAAAAGUUACCUGAACGGAGUAAAGAUUCCCGGGAUUGUGCGGCUGCGGACCUUCAUAUGUAAGGUCACAGGAGUCCUGUUCGCUGUUGCUGGAGGAUUGUUUGUGGGUAAAGAGGGACCAAUGAUUCACAGUGGAGCGAUAGUAGGAGCAGGACUUCCUCAGUUUCAGAGCAUCACCUUCAAGAAGAUCCGCUUUCACUUUCCCUAUUUCCGCAGUGACAGGGACAAGAGGGAUUUCGUGUCGGCGGGUGCAGCGGCUGGAGUUGCGGCUGCCUUCGGGGCACCUAUAGGGGGCACCCUCUUCAGUCUGGAGGAGGGGUCGUCCUUCUGGAACCAGGCCCUCACAUGGAAAGUGUUGUUCUGCUCCAUGUCUGCCACUUUUACACUCAACUUCUUUCGUUCUGGGAUCAACUUCAAUAAAUGGGGAUCAUUCCAGCUGCCUGGCCUGCUCAACUUUGGGGAGUUUAAGUGUGUAGACGGAGAUAAGACGUGUCAUUUGUGGACGGCAGUAGAUUUGGCGUUUUUUGUGUUGAUGGGGGUGGCAGGAGGUUUGCUCGGCGCGCUCUUCAACUGCAUCAACAAACGCCUCGCAAAGUACCGCAUGAGAAACGUUCACCCCAAAGCAAGAUUCAUCAGGCUGCUGGAGAGUCUGCUGGUGUGUAUGGUGACCACACUCGUGAUCUUCGUGGCGUCAGUGACUCUGGGGGAGUGUCGAGAUUUAGUCUCCACCAAUAACAACACAUCAACACAGGGGUCUGUAAAUGAGGAGGUGAACUCAACCAUACGACGCUUCUUCUGCUACAACAACACAUAUAAUGACAUGGCAACCCUGUUCUUCAACCCUCAAGAGGUGGCAAUCCACCAGCUCUUCCACCAGAACGCUACCUUCAGUCCCGUCACGCUCUUGCUGUUCUUUGUGCUGUAUUUUUUUCUGAGCUGUUGGACAUACGGUGUGUCCGUCCCCAGUGGUCUGUUUGUCCCGUCUCUUCUCUGUGGAGCUUCACUUGGGCGCCUAGUGGCCAAUGUCCUCAAGAUUAACUUCCACAUGCAAAUAUAUUCGGGGACCUUUGCCUUGAUUGGAGCAGCUGCCUUUCUAGGAGGUGUGGUCAGAAUGACCAUCAGCCUGACAGUCAUCUUAAUUGAAUCCACCAAUGAGAUCACAUACGGACUUCCCAUUAUGAUAACACUAAUGGUGGCCAAGUGGACAGGAGAUUUCUUUAAUAAGGGAAUAUAUGAUAUUCAUAUUCACCUGAAGGGAGUCCCACUGCUGGAGUGGGAAACAGAGGUCGAGAUGGACAAAUUAACGGCCAGCGACAUCAUGGAGCCCAACCUGACGUAUGUGUAUCCUCACACCCGUAUCCAGUCUCUGGUCAGCAUCCUGAGGACCACCGUCUAUCACGCUUUCCCCGUCGUCACCGAGAACAGAGACAAUGAGAAGGAGUUUAUGAAGGGCAAUAUCCUCAUAGGCAACAAUAUCAGAUUUAAGAAAAGCAGCGUGUUGACGCGUGCGGGGGAGCAGAGGCGGAGGUGUCAGUCCAUGAAAUCAUACCCGUCUAGUGAGCUGCGCAACGUGUGUGAUGAGCAGACCGCAGUGGAGCCGGCGGAGGAAGGGCAGGACAUCCUUCAGCAGAUGCUGGAGAGGAGACACGUGCCGUACCCAAACCUGUACCCGGACCAGUCUCCCAGUGAGGAGUGGACCCUGGAGGAGAGGUUCCGGCCGCUCACCUUUCACGGGCUCAUCCUGCGCUCGCAGCUCGUCAACCUGCUGAUCUGUGGCGUCUGCUACGCUGAAAACCAGUCGAGCGCCUCACAGCCACGGCUCUCUCAUUCAGAGAUGACUGAGGAUUACCCACGAUUCCCUGACAUCCACGAUCUCGACCUGGCCCUUCUCAAUCCACGCAUGAUUGUGGACGUGACUCCUUACAUGAACCCCUGUCCAUAUACAGUCUCUCCAAAUACAUGUGUUUCCCAAGUAUUCAAUCUGUUCAGGACCAUGGGCCUUCGACACUUACCUGUGGUCAAUGCGGUGGGAGAGAUCGUGGGAAUAAUCACCAGACAUAAUCUUACCCAUGAGUUUUUAGUUGCUAAACUCCGACAGCAUUACAUCACAAUCUAAGACACCGUCAAGCAGCCAAGCUUGAGUAAUGGCGUCCUCGAGGUGAGAAGAGCCUGAACCCCUGCUUCAGGUCGCACCCUAAAGCCAUUCCUAGUAUCUGUGUGGACUGCUAGAGUUCGGUACCUGACCCGUCCUGACACACACGCCUCAUGCUAGCACUGAUGCAGGUGAGGUCCCAUUCAUCAGCGCCGCCUGUGCUUUAUCAACCUCUCUGUAGCACUUUUCAUUUAGUCUCUGAGUUCUGAAUGUUUUAAUAGUGCUCACCAUUUCUGUGUAUUUCUGAACGUUUGCUUUUGUACAAAGACUGAUGUAAACCACAGUCCCUGGCCGAAAGGGUACAUGUCAUGAAAACGGUCAAGAGCAUGCCUGGGCCAUCACCCUAAAAUCAAAAGGAAGAAAUAUUUUUGUUUAUUUUUGAUUGCAUUUUUAGGACCAUUAAGAUUUUAUGCAUGUCAUAAUUUUCAUUGAAGUUAAACAUUUUCUCCAAAUUACUGUACUGCCAAAAUAAAUUUAAAUUGUAUUGCCAUAAUUAAUGCU